CAAGGCCUGUUAUCCUAAAAUAUUAGGAACAAGGCGUACAAUUGCAGCAAUCCUCUUUAAUCCCUCAAUUAUUGUUUUUCCCCUUCCAAGUUUUUUACACUGACCAUAAUCACACUAGAUGCUCGUUGGUGCUUCAAUUAAAGUUUGGUGUUUAAGAGAAGUUUGUGUAUUUUGAGAAUUUUGUCAGGUAAAUCUUGUUUGAGUUGCCGUUGUUCAUUUUAGAAACUGGAUUCUAAAUUGAUAUUAAGCUUUUUUUUUCUUAUUUUGAUGAGGGUUUAAUUGGAAUUUGAUUUUUGUUUUGGUGGGUUAAGGAUGAAUCAGUGAUCAACAUCUGGAAAGUAAAAGGAAUCAGACGAAAGAGAGGAAUUGGAAAUUCAUUGGCUGUUCUUUUUCUGGGUUUGGUAAAUUAACAUUGAGGGGUUUGAUUUUGUAAACUUGGGUGUUGACAAUUUGGGAAAUGCAUGAUUUAGAGUUAAAAAACUUGUUUUUUUAAUCAAUCUUUUAUGGGUUUUUGUUAUUUGAGUCUGUAAUAAAGGUGGAUGCAUAAUUUUGCAAUUCUUUCUUUUUUAACAAGAAAAAAAUCGAGACUUUUAGGAAUGUUGAUGAGAAUGGAUUGUUUCUGGGGAAACAAUAAUGGCUGUUAUGUUGUUCUUGAAGAUUGAUUGGAUGAGGAAGCAUCUGUGAUUACAAAUUUUGUUUUUGAGAUUGGGUUGGAUUUUGUUAGGGAUACUUCAGUGUUGUCUCAUAUUUUAGCUGAGUUUUUGUGUUUUUAAUGGAUGACAUUGACAUUGAGGAUGAUGCUAGAUAUCCUCCAAAUCCAUAUGGUGUUAGUCACCGGGAGGGUUAUGGUUCUUCAAAUCGCCAAAAGCUUCCUGUAAGAAACGUUCCGUUUCCUAGACCGAUAAGGAAUCAUUAUGUUGAUGAUGAUGAAGAUGAGGGCGACGAAGCUGAAGAUGAGGGAGACGAAAAUCUUAACCAAAAUAAUGGUGUUCGAUAUGUAGGAAAAGGUGUGAUUGAUGAUGAUGACGACGACGACGACGAAGAUGAUGACUUGUUGGAUGAUGAUGAUGAUGAUGAUGAUGAUGAUGAUGAUUCUAAUGAAGGUGGUGACUUGGGGAAGCAUCCGAAAAAGAGGAAAUUGAAGAGUUUGGUGUCAAGUUAUGAAUUUGCUCCUCGAGUAACUUCACCCGCAGUUCCAUCGCCGUCGGUGCUAAAGCCUGCAUAUGGUGGGAGGAAUUCUCUUACGGAUUGGACUGAGCACGAGACAUUCAUUUUGCUAGAUUCCUGGGGUGACCACUUUUUGCAAUGUGGGAGGAAGUGUCUUCGUACCGAGGAAUGGCGAGAGGUUGCAGAGAAGGUUUCAGAGACUUCAAAGAUCGAAAGGACCGAGACACAAUGCCGGAAUCGGUUGGAUACAUUGAAGAAAAAAUACAAAAAGGAGAAGGCUAUGCUAGCAGAGACUGGUGCUACCACUAGUAAAUGGAUUUAUUUCAAGAAGAUGGAUAUAUUGAUGUCAACCUCUCCACAGCAGGGCCAGCUCUCUUGUGGGUUCGACUCGGGUGAAUAUGUAUUCAAGAACCCUCGGGUUUAUUUGACCCGAGCAAAUGGUUUGGAUGAAAUGAGGGAUAGUCCAGCAAACUCCGAUUCUGCCAAUGGCGAGGAGGAUGUCUCAGAUGGGCUGCCACCUAAAAAGAGAAGAUUCAGGAGGCAAUCCGAUGAGAGUUCUUCGGUCAGACUGCUUGCGGAUUCUAUUCAGAAAUUUAGCGACAUAUACAAAAAGAUCGAGAAUAGUAAAAGGCAGCAGAUGCUGGAAUUGGAGAAGAUGAGAAUGGAUUUUCACAGGGAGUUGGAAAUGCAGAAGAGGCAGAUCAUGGAGAGAGCACAGGCCGAAAUUGCGAAAAUGCAGCGCAGCGAUGACUCGGCGAACGACGUAUCUGCCGAGAAUGCUAGUGGGUAAUAUAUGCAAAAUCCAGUUAUCUUCUUUAUAACAUUCAUCUGAUUUAAACUGCUAAAUGUUGUUGUAUAAUGAUAUUGGAGCCGUCUGCAAAUUGCUAUUAUGAGACAAUAAUAACACCCUUGUCAUACUGCACCACUUAGUCGAGUGGAAACUUUUA